AAAUAAUUAAUUUAUGAUGGGUUCAACUGAGUGGGGUUAUCACCAGAGCUUUGGAAGGUACAAAGCGGAAGGGGAAGAUUCUGAGGACUUAUGAAUGGAUUUUGAGGGCUGUGAUGGAAAAAAAUGAGAUAAAUGGAUAGCAACAGUCUCAGUGUUACUGGCGAUCUGAGUUUUACUUCAGAUUGUGUUGGUAAUAAGCACGUACAAAUUUUUCAGAGCUUUAAAGAUAAAGAAAAAGCUCCUGACUAUUUCUUCGGUGUUCUUGAACCUCACUGUGUUUACAAGAAUUUUAUAUUAUACACAUGAGAUUUUCUCCAAAAGAAGAAAUUGAAAUGCAGUCCCACAUCAAUGACUGAACGGAAUAACCACAAACUUCUCCAUCUACUGCUUACUAGUAUCCUUCUCCUUUGGAAUUCUAAAUUGGCUGAACCAAAUCAGGGAGAUAAAAAAAUACACCCAAACCACUAAAAAUCACCUAUCAAACUGUCUAAAACUCACCAUCAUCCUAAUAAUCCUAAUAUUCAUCAGCUUGUUCACCUUAACUGCAUUAUUCUCUUGCUACUCUCCCCAAGGCAUCAACAACAGCACAAUAGACACAUCCACCCAAUUCGUGAUCAUUAUCUGCUUCUUCCUAAUCGGUGUGAUCUACCCUACAGCUGGUUACUACUUUUACAAGCAACUGAAGGUUUUCUGAAUGCAGAAGGCACUUGAGAUGAAAAGACAGAUUCUACUGCCAACUAACCUUGUAGUAGUUUCAGUGCUUAUAAGAGCUACUUACAAUACUUUUUCAUAUAGAUUUAAAUUGGAAAAAUAUUUUGAGCAAAAAGGAAUCUGAUGAAAUAAUACUAAAUUUCCUAUCCUUAUUGGUCUUUACUUCGUCGUCACUGAUUUCCUCCCUAUUAUCUCACAAAUUAUAUUGAUGAGCAUAUUAUCAAAGAACUUAAAGCUUUCUACCGAGGCUUCUCCUCACUCUGAAGCAGAUACACUCACCAGAAGUCUCGUACAAGAAAAUGACACUUUCACUGACUCUAGUAUCUUAAUGAACGAUAGCCAUCCCAGUAGUGAACUAUACUUCGAAGGAGACAGAUCAGAUUUCUACACAGAUGAGUCCCUCAGACGCCAGGAAGGAAUCCCAUAAUCAGCUAAACCACAGUUUUUCCU